AUGUCAAGAAUCAAAAAUCUUUUAUUAUGUGAUAUCUUCCUGCUUGUUGUCAUUGCACUGACAGUCAAUUCAGUUAAAUCCUAUCAGAUUGAUGACUGUCCUUUGUAUUGGCGUUUAUUUUCGAAUACUUCAACUGUUUCAAAUACAAAUUAUACGAAACUAAUGAUAGAAAAUUGGGAGGAGUGGUAUUGUGAAUCGAUACCGAACACAUUAUUCGAUAAGGAUAUUUACUAUGGAUUGGAUGGAGCAGCUCUUUCGGAUUGGCAGUACAAUGUUCUCUUUAUUAGAAGAGAAAGUUUAUUUUGUGAAAAGGUGAAAGUGGACGAAAGUGUGUGGAAUGUUUACGAACGAGCAAUUAAUCAUUAUUCGAAUAUUUCCAUGAUGAAAGAAUGGAUUAUUCCCCAUUUGGAAAAGUUAGUGUUGGAAAAUCCUCAAAAUAUCUUUCAAACUCCAAGACCUUAUUUUUUAUACGAAUUCGACAAGCAAGUUUCGAAUGAUGGAACAACAUUCUUGGAAUUGGUGAAUGCUUUCAAUUAUUUACUUUAUUGUAAGAGAAAUAAUUCCAAUUUUGAAAUUUUUCACAAAGAAUGGCUUCCUAAUAUGGUAACUCAAAGUAAUUCCACAAAAGUUCAAACUCUAAAUGUUUUAUUCGGAGAUAAUGUCAAGAGUGUAUGUGGACGAAACGAGUUGACACUUCUCAAUCGAACACAACUUUGUCUCUGUUCGAAUGGAAACCAAUUCGAAACUCUUUCCUCAUUCGAAUGUGAAAGUGCCUUUGUAACUUUCUGGGUUCCACUCGGUGGUCAUCUCUCACUCAAGAUUAUAGAACUCGUUAUUUAUUUGAUUCAAUUAGUUUCGAUUAUUUUCCUCAUUUUCAUUCCAAUUUCGUUUCAAUAUUGUAAAAAUUGGAAAUAUUAUAUUCAUCGUAGACGAAACACAAAAUAUAUUAAGAAGAAUGAAUUGGAAGGUGUGAAAAACUCACAAAAUGUCACAAAUCAAAUUUCUCUUAAAGAUGAAAAUAAUUUGACACCUCGUGGAUUGGAAAAUUCAAUUAAGGAAAAGUCUGAAAACAGUGGAGUUAAGGAAAAUCAAGAAACAAUUCCAGAAAAAUCUGAAAAAAGUCAAACGAUUGUAAGCGAAAGUCAACCGAAAAAAACUAAUGUGAGAGAAAGUUUACAAAAUAUUGAUUAUGAACUCAUUAGAGUAUUAUUUGAUAAUAGACUGUUUGCAAGUAUUUGCAUUGUUCUGUCACAAUUAAUUUUGACAGUUAAUGCAUUGCUAUUUAUUGUCAUUCAGGGAACUAAUGGAAUAUCUCUAUAUGAUAAUUAUAAUUUCACAUUAUUGGUAUCUGCUGAUUGUUAUGUAACGAUUGGAAAUGUUCCAUUAGCUGUGUUAUUUUAUGAAAUAUUACUGAAAAUGUCAGAUGAAAAGAAGAAAAUGUCACUUGUCGGAUUGGUUACUGUCUUUAUAGUUUGCAGCAGCUUAUUCAUUUUGACAGUUGCUUGUCUAUGCUCAACCAUUGUCCCAAUUGAAAUUCAAAACUACAUACGUGUCAUUUGUCUAAUUUUGACAUUAAUUGCCUUAAUAAUUUCAUGGUCAAUUCUCUUUGGAUAUUCAAUGAAAAUUUAUCUUCUCUUAUCCAAAUAUAGAAAGAUUAAUGUGAUGAGAUUCAAAUUUUCACAAUAUUUAUUACUGUUAAUAGUGUCCAUUUCGUAUUUGUUAUACGAAAUGAUUUCAGAAUUUGGAUUUGCGACUGAACUUUAUGUUUUUGAGAAUUUGUGGACAAUUUUGUUUAAACAUCGAAUUGGAAGUUAUGUAAUUGGAUUUUCAUUGUGGGGAAUGACCUAUGUCUUAUUUUCAAAACAAUACUUUGAGGAAUGUUAUGCAAGAUUUUGGAAGAAAUGAGACGAAAGUUUUACAAAAUUAAAAAUAAAUUUCAAAA